ACCCAUCAUUUUGUUCCCCCCUCUCUAAUCACGACCGCCCUCCAAUUAUACUUCGUCAAAAAUUCAACUCAAAGUAACAGGCCCCUUCACGGCCCCUAUAAAAACCUGCCCAAAGCAUCGUAACCCAUUCAACUCCAAGAACUAGACCACUUUCACUUUCAGCUUUACUCCCGAGAGACCAAGAAACAUGACGCCCAUGUCUUCUUUCUUGCUCAUCCUGUUGACUCCCACUUUUCUGUGCCUGGCUGGAGCACAAGACAGAGCCCCCCAUGGCCUAGCCAAUGAAAACCCCAUGGCCUUCUCACCUUCGGCAUACGAUUUCUUCCACCCAAACACGCAACAGACCACUGUAAAGAACCCAUGUGCCAUAUCUAGUUGCUCCCCAUUGCCUGAGGCGGCUCAAGUGGUUGGGGCUGCUCAAGGACAGGAUGGCAAACUCUCUGCGACCCGUGAUGGUAAAAGCCAGAUGGGAGUUGGUGGCAUUGUUGGCAUUGUGUUCGCUCUUGCAUUUGCCGUGCUCUUGGCAAUGGGCGUGUACUAUGUUGUGGUUACUCGCCGGGCUAAUGCAAGCAAAGCCAAAGCCAUUCAACCAGACACCGGAUGUGCACAGUCAGUAUAGGGUGUUCCAUCAUGCCAAGAAGCCUCUCCCUAUCCCCCUAUCUCCGUCCUUACUACUGCUAUUGUUCCUUUUCUAUAGGACUUAUUGUCAGGGAGUUUUCUAGCUGAUGUAUGUAUUGCUGAAUCUAGCGAAUAUAUUUAGAUUUAGUGCAUAUGUUGCCUCCAACAUCGAUGACUUUACCCUU